CAACGAGGGCGACGCGACACGACGGACGGAUAAAAACGGUCGUUCCUGCAGCUGCUUCGUGCGCGCGUGUGUGUGCAUCGUCGUUGUGUGGGUGUGUUUGUGUAGCGUUUUGCUAAUAAUUAUACUCUGGCUUGCUGAGUGUGAUAAGGCCCCGGUCGAGGAAAAUUUUCGUCCCGUUGUCCGCGGAAUCGAGGGUCGGUCGGUUGGUUUUUGGUUCUCCGGGUGAUUCCGUCGCGUUUUCCGGUUCCGGACGUCCGUGUCGAGGGAGUUGUCAAAAGUAUUUCGUUCGCUCGCGUUGCUUUCUGGAAGUGAAAAAAGAAGUUCGCACCUGCCAAUCGUAGCAAGCCGCGAGUAUCCUUGCCGAACCGGAAGCUGCAGCCCGAAAAGGUGCGCGAAAACCAGUCGAAACUUCCGGAAGUUGCGUGUCGAUAGAGUCCAGAGAUCGAGUCCGGAAACGACACCACGAGGCCCGAUAGAAUCAACGUCGCGUCGAUUUCUGUGUUUUUUUUUUCGUUGUCUAAGGAAAAAGGGUUGUGAAAAGCUCGACUUGGAGGAACCACUAGAAAAAAAACAACAGCAAAGAAACGUUUUCAAUUUCGUCCUGUCCAGUCCUGUCUCGGAAAAAUUCUGUGAUUUGUGAAAGGAAACAAGUGAAUAAGAAAAUGUCUUUAAUUUAAAACAAAAGUGGAAACUGUCUGAAAGAGUUGAUACUGUCCCGGCUCUGAAUCGCUUCAAGUUUGGCCCCGCAAAAUCGCCCCAAUUCAGCGUGUAUUUGAUGCGUCCAAACAGUUCCGUGUACGAUCGGUAUCGCUGGAAAAAGAUGGACCAACAACCGUUGGAGCGAAAUCAGGCCAAAAGUGGCGGCGGGGAUAGCGAGGGUGGUCACAAAAUUCCGGUGCUCACGGGAGGGGCGACGACCACCAGCGGGUCGCCUCCCCGGACGGGAUCGGGAUCGGCGGCGUCGUCGGCCGGAAGCGGAACCACCCCCGUGGCAGCGUCGCCCUCGCGACGGGCCGGAAAGCGGAAGAAUUCUGCAAUAAAUCUACCGUCAGGCCACGUGGCAGCCCGGAAACGGCGCAAACUGCAGCAGGCCCAGCUCAAGGUGGGGGAACCGCCCUCGGGAACGGGAGCCGGCGGCGGUGCGGACCAGGUCCCCCAAACCAAGAACACCGUUGCGGUGCUGAACGAGCUGAAGCGCAAUCUGGUGUACAACCUGGAGUCCCAGUCGGGGCCGGUUCACGCGCCGCUCUUUACCAUGUCCGUCGUGGUUGACAGCCAGAAGUUCAUCGGCCACGGUCGGAGCAAAAAGUUGGCCCGGAUCGAGGCCGCUGCCGCGGCUCUCCGGAGCUUCAUCCAGUUCAAGGAUGGCGCCACGUUGACGCCGAUCAAGCCGCUCCAGAACGUGGACUUUACCAGCGACGAUCCGAUGAUCGAGAACAGCAUCUUCCCGCUGUCGGACCCGGUGGCGGUGCUGCCGGAGCAGAUCGAGACGGUGACGCCGGAGAAGAAGUCGGCGGAGCGGAAGUCCAGCUCGGAGAAGGGGUCCAAAGAGCAGAACGGGCCUAGCCACAACAACAACAAUAAUAACAAUAACAACAACAACAAUACCAACAACAACAACAACAACCACUCAACAAACAACAGUAAUUCCCCUUGUCAGCCCAAUCCACAUUCGAAUUUCAGCCAUCAUAACAAUACUACCACUAGUUACUAUCACCAAAACGCUAGCCAUAACAAUACUACUAGUUUAAACAGCAACUGCAAUAGCCACAACACUACUUCCGGUUAUUCCCCGUCCCAUCCUCCUGGGUCCUUUUACAAGGGCCCUUCACAGUCCCAUCACGGUCACAAUCCCAACCUCAAUCAGUCACAAAAUCACUACACGAGUUACAAUCAGCAACAACAACAACAAUACGUACCAAAACAAUAUCACCAUCAACAACAACAACAACAACAACACCACAAUCAUAGUCAGGUGGUGCCACAUCCGCAACCGUUGUUAGCGCAGCCAAUGCAUCACCACCACCACCACAAGAACAAUAGCUACAACAGUAACAACAACAACAACAACCACAUCGGCAAAAAUGGUGGUGGCACUGUGAAAGCCUACGCCGCGGCCAACUCCAACUCCUUCUCCACCACCACCAUCACCAAUAUUAACAAUACUACCACAACAGCAGCAACAACCAAUAGGAACAACAACAACAACAACUACAGCUGCAACCAGAACAACAACCACCAACAGAACAAUCGCAGCAAUCCGUCGUCGUCGUCGUCGGUGACGGCAGUGGUGGCAGCGGCGCCCCAAACGUCAAAUGUCACGCUAAGCCCCUCCCCCUCUUCCGCGGUCCCGAUACAGCCGCCGCUGCUGCAAUCGCAGCAGGCCGCGGCAGCCGCCCCGAACGCGCAAAACGGGCACCGGCAAGUGGUUGAAAAAAUUCAGCAAAGUUUAGAUCUAUUUAAAAAUUCCAAUGAAAAGAAUGUAGCAUGGAAGAAGCGAUUAGAAAAGCUGAAGGCAUCCGCGGUGAACGCGUCCCGGAACGUGGCCCCGGGCCAACCCCCGAAGCCGCAGCCCGAGAAGGGCCCCGUCAUGCUGCUGCACGAGCUCUUCACCGACGCCCACUUUGAGUGCGUCUCGACGGACGGCCUGCAGCACUCCAAGUUCACCGUGGUCGUGUCCGUGGACACGCAGCGCUUCGAGGGCACCGGCCCGUCCAAGAAGAUGGCCAAGAACGCGGCGGCCAAGGCGGCCCUCGCCUCGCUCUGCAACAUCUCGUUCAGCCCGCUGCAGCAGGCCAAGUUCGGCGUGAUGAACUCGUCCGGAAUCGGCGGUGGUGGCGGUGGCGGAGGCGUCGGUCCCGGCGGAACCGGUGGCCUCAACGCCGGUGGGCUCAACCCGGUCGCGAUGAUGGGUGGGUUCGGGUCGAACGGGGACCUCGGACAGUGCUGUGACCACCAGGGCAAGAACGUGGAGCUGCCGCAGACGUUUGCCGAUUCGGUUGGAAAGUUGGUCAUCGAGAAGUUCAACGAGGUGAUGAAGGGCAACGAUGUGUACUCGCGGCGGAAGGUGCUGGCCGGCAUCGUGAUGACGCAGGGCUAUGACGUCAAGUCGGCGAAGGUCAUCGCCCUCGCCACCGGCACCAAGUGCGUCAGCGGCGAGCACAUGAGCGUCACCGGUUCCGUGAUCAACGACUCGCACGCGGAAAUCAUCGCCCGGCGGGGUCUGCUGGACUUUUUCUACACCCAGCUGGACCAGCACUGCAAACAGGCAGCGGCGGCAGCGUCGACCAACAACGGCAAUAACAAUAACACUGUUGCUCAACAAAAUGGGAAAAAUGGCGAACCGGAAGCGGCGGAACCCGAGCCGAGCAUCUUCGUCCGGCCGACGGACGGCUCGUCCAAGCUGUACCGGCUCAAGGACGGCAUCUACUUCCAUCUGUACAUCAACACGGCCCCGUGCGGAGACGCGCGGGUGUUUAGUCCGCACGAGAACGACAACAUGGACGUGGACAAGCACCCGAACCGGAAAGCCCGCGGCCAGCUGCGCACCAAGGUGGAAUCGGGCGAAGGGACGAUACCGGUCAAGAGCAGCGAGGGCAUUCAGACGUGGGAUGGUGUCCUGCAGGGGCAGCGUCUGCUGACGAUGUCCUGCUCGGACAAAAUAUCACGCUGGAACGUGCUCGGCUUGCAAGGAUCGCUGCUCGCGUCCGUGAUCGAGCCGAUCUAUCUGCACUCGAUCGUGCUGGGCAGCUUGCUGCACCCGGCGCACAUGUACCGCGCCAUCUGCGGCCGCGUCGAGAACUCGAUCCAGGGCCUGCCGCCGCCGUACCGGCUCAACAAGCCGCGCCUCGCCCUCAUGACGUCGGCCGAGUCGCGCAACCAGACGAAACCGCCCAACUUCAGCAUCAACUGGGUCAUCGGCUGCCAGGAGGUGGAAAUCGUCAACUCUUUCACCGGCAAGCUCAUCAACAACAACACCAACACCAACAAGAUGUCCCGGCUGUCGAAGCAGUCCUUUUACCGCCGGUACGCGGCCAUCAUCGAGCGACUGCCGGAACCGGCGCCGGUGCUGCGGGAAGUGCUGCCGACGUACUUUGAAACGAAGAUGGCCGUGCCGGAGUACCAGCAGGCGAAGAAGGAGCUGUUUGCGGCUUUUGCGAAGGAGGACCUGGGCGACUGGCUGAAGAAACCGAUCGAGCAGGACCAGUUUACGCUGAUUCCGCCCAAGCCGGAGGAGCUGGCGCUGGUUCAGCAGCAGAACCAGGCCGGCAACAAUGGGGUGGCCCCGGUCGGCAAUGGGAACGGACCGACGCAGGGCGGCAAAUGACACGGGGGGAAGCAUGCCGGCAAGCAGGGCAAGUAGAAGGGCGCGAGCGAUGAUUCUCGAGAGAGUCUAGUUUUAAGGUUUAAAGGCUGUUUCUUUUUUGUCGUGUAACCUAGGAUUAGGUUGGUUGUUUUGAUUUUAUUUGAACCGUUUAAGUUUUCUGUUAGCUGUGCAGAAUUGUAGGCUUAACUGUACCGGACACAAAGCAUAGUCGAAGCUCGACCGUCUGAACAAGUGAGAAAAGAUUGACGAAAAAACUGCGUCAAAGCGAAUAAUUUAACUGAUUUUUAAAGAAUCUGUAACUAACCUUCCCGAAGAUGUUUAGGGUAGAAAGUACUCUAGUAUUUCACGUGAAUUGUAGUUGUUUUGAUUGAUCAUUUACUCAGAAGGCACGUUCCUCCUCCUGCCGAAUCGUCCAGAUCUCGUGACCAUAGAGGAUUCUGUGGAGGUUUCCGUAAUCCGAAGCGGUUACCAGCGAUCCUACCUUCUUCAACUCAUCACCAUCCACAGCUUUCGUUAAACUUACCUAUUUCCUAAACAUUGAGAAUUUUCUUCAAAACUAGAUCAUUUUAGAACAAUACAAAGACCGUUUCGAGUAAACCUUACCAAAACAAAGCAAACUUGUUGGAAAAUUUGCCUGAACAGAAGCAAAACAAAGUGCCAACUGUCAUGGCAACGAGUGCCCAGUGGUGUGCAUUGUUUACGAAUUGACGCUGCUCCGAGGGGUAAGACACUUCGAUAUUUUUUUUUUUAGUUUUGUAUUAUUAUUUAUUUGACUUUUUUUAAAAAAAAAAAAGAUCGAUCAAAACAACUAAAUUUCUAGAAAAGCAAACUCGGUGAAAACUCAUAAACAAGAAAACAUCGGCGAUUUAUACAGCCGACAUAAUUGUGUAAAAAUCCAUCAAAACAAACCCCAACAAAACCAGCAAGUUCUACAACAACAAAAAUCCACUAAUCAACUCGUAUCUAACCACAACAUUUAACCACCCCCGUUCUUCGCCAGUAAGUAGAGUUCAAACAAAAAGAAAGCAAAAAACAAGUACAUCAAUUAAAAGUAAACAAAGUAAACCAAGUUGGAAAAGAAAUAACUCGAAGAGGAGGAAACCCGUGUGAUAUAUUUCAAGUAAAGAUAAUAUUUCAGUAAUUAUUCAAAUUUAACAAGCGCGCGCACGCACGCAGCGUGCGGACCCCAUUGAAAAUCGACUGAAACACAUAGACAGCAAGUGCGAACAAACAGUGUUGUGCGUGUGAGAGUGUUUUUUUGUUGCUUUGAGCGGUUUGACAGCUAACGGUUGUUAGGUUAGGUUGCCAAAUGUCAAACAUUUGGCAACCUAACCUAACUUUGCAAAUCUUGCCAGUAAAGUUGUGUGAUUGAGACUCAUUUUUUUUUGUUUUAGUUCAGCGUGUAGUUGCGAGGUAAACAAACGAAUAGCACGUAGUACAAGUUUUUUGUUUUGAGUUUAAGAUUUUUUUCGAGGUUAUGUUUAGGGUUAGCGAAACGCACGUUUUAACCGGCAGACAAACAAAAACAAACGGAACGAAUACACCAAUGGUAGAGCGAAAGGGAUGAAGCAGCAGCAAAGUGUAGACUUACUAAAGUAAACAAACAAUGCAGACACAAACGUCACUUUUAGUAGGCCUUGAACGUUACUUACCGUUAUCGACUCGGUUUUGGGUGUAUUUUACGUUUUAAUCUUGGCAGCGCAGCGGCAGUAGGCCGUGAGAAUCUCUCUCCUUUUGUGCUUUCCAGCAGAAGCAGUGUUAGUGACAGAUCUCUUCCCGUGAGUGAGUGUGCGUGAGAGCGCGAAUGAGUGAGUGAGAGCGAGUUUUCCCCCACACAGUUUCGCCCCCAGAAUAUUUGUGUAUGUGUAAAUGUCGAUAAUAAAUUGAAAUAUUUACUGUGAUAUUAAUCUUUACUUCAAAUAUUGACAUUCGUAUUAGGGAGUAGAAAUGUCAAAUGAGCGUUAAAUGGUUAAAGAAAAAUCAACCAACAAAUAUUCAAACCGACGAGCGGAAGGCGUUAAUUAGCGAAAGUAACGUAAAGUCUAACAUUAUUAAACAAAAAAGUAACAGUUAAGAAUUUAUCUUCCUUCAAAACUUAUCCGAUCGUUGCGCAUUAAACAAAAAGUAAACAAAAACACUGCUAGUAAACACAACGCAAAGCACGAGGAAGCUGUCCGUCCGGUCGCCCGGCCGAAAGUCGCCCGAAAGUUGAAUAAUUUCAGUAAAAAACAAACCCGCAAAAAUUAGCACUGCAAAUUGGUCAAUUUUCCCUCCGUGUGCGCAAACUAGUGCGACGGACAGCUUCGAGCUCACCAAUACAUUCACAACACCCAUACCUUAAGCGACACACCUUUUCAUUCGAAAUCUUUAGCGAAAAAAAAAUGAAUAAUAAAUAUUACCAGAGAUCAGCUUGUUUGCCUAGACAGAAUUUCAAGAUAAACUAAAUAAAUCUUACACAUUUUAACUUAUUAUCUAACCCAACAAAACAAAACAACAACAACAAAAUGCAUCAAGCGUUCGCUUUGGAUUUUUCUUUUCUUACUUCUGACUCACUCGAAACGCACACCAACACAUCGGUAGCGAAGCGCUGGUUGGAUCUACCUUACCGAUCGCCUUUUCUUUCGACAGGCACGAUACAACGACGCCCGUCGGUAAGGUAGACCUCGAUUAUUUGUUUGUUUUUCCUUUCCAGUUGAGGGAAGUUGGGAAAAGAAAAAUUUUAAGUGGCUUAACGAAACAUGAUUAAAACUUACCAAAUAAGUAGCAAUUGCGGAAACGUAGAACGUUGAAACGAGCGUUUGCAGAAAGUAGUUGAAUUGACAGCUUUCGCGUUGGGAAUCGAAGCUUGCCGGAAGCGGCGCGGGUUCGAUUCUCGCCGGGGGCAAACUUGUUUUUCUCACGCUCCUAUUUUUAGCCAAUAAAGCUAACCGAAUGUAAAAUGAUCAAGGUUGUUAAUCGAUGAAAUUAUCGUCGAUAAUAUUAUCGUCUAACGACAACGAUAAUGGUUAUCGUUAUCGUCGGGACGAUAACGAUAAUCUAUCGUUAUCGUUUUUCCGAUUAUUCUAUCGGCGAUAAUUUUAUCGCUGAUAACGGACGAUAAAUUAUAAUUAAAAUAUUUCAAAAAUUGACUAAAACCAACCAAAUUAUGUUGAAUUUUAAAGUUGCCUUUUAGUAUUUUUUUAUUUGAUAAAACGGUAUGUUUCUAAGUUUAAAUACUAAAAAAGCACAAAAUACUCAACUUUUUAUAAUUUGAAAUAUGGGUAUCAAACAAAGCGAAAUUUUCCUGCUUUUUCAUUUAAAAAAAAAUCUAAAAUAGUUAAAAUACAUUAAAAAAUUCGAAUCGUUUGUUACCCAUAAUUGCGAAUCAGAAAAAUUUGAGUAUUUUCGAGAAAAUACGGUAUUCUAUGAAAAUUUGAGUAUUUCAUUUAAAAAAAUCUAAAACAGUGAAAAUGCAUGAAAAAUUUAGAAUCGUUUUAUACCCAUAUUGCGAAUUAAAAAAUUUGAAUAUUUUCGAGAAAUUGCGGUAUUUUGUAAAAAAAUAGUAUUUCAUUCAAAAAACUCUAAAACAGUGAAAAUGCAUGCAAAAUUUCGAAUCGUUUGAUACCCUUAUUGCGAAAUAUAAAAAAUUGAGUAUAUUUGAGAAAAUACGAUAUUUUGUGAAAGUUUGAGAAUUUCAUUUUGAAAAAAAAACUUUAAAACUGUUAAAAUACAUGCAAAAUUUCAAAUCGUUUGAUACCUAUAUUUCGAAUUAUAAAAAAUGUGUUAUUUCGAGAAAAUAAGCUAUUUUGUGAAAAUUUUAGAAUUUAAUUCAAAAAAACUGUAAAACAGUGAAAAUGCAUGCAAAAUCUCGAAUCGUUUGAUACCCAUACUUCGAAUUAUAAAAAUUUGAGUAUUUUCGAGAAAAUACGGAAUUUUGUGAAAUUUCAGUAUUACAUUUAAAAAAAAACUCUAAAACAGUGAAAACGCAUGCAAAAUUUCGAAUCGUUUGUUGCCAAUAUUUCGCAUUGUACAAAUUUGAGUAUUUUCGAGAAAAUACGGUAUUAUUGUGAAAAUUUUAGUACUUUAUAAUAAUAACUCUAAAACAGUGCAAAUGCAUGCAAAAUUUCUAAUCGUUUAAUACUCAUAUUUCAAAUUAUUAAAAUUUGAGUAUUUUCGAGAGAAUACGGUAUUUUCUUAAAAUUUGAGUAUUUUCGAGAAAAUACGGUAUUUUCUGAAAAUUUGAGUAUUUCAUUUAAAAAUCUCUAAUACAGUGAGAAGGCAUGCAAAAUUUCAAAUCGUUUGUUACCCAUAUUGCGCAUUAAUAAUGUUUUAGUAUUUUUAAGUAAAUACGGUAUUUUGUGAAAAUUUUAAUCUCUAAAACAGUUCGAAUACAUUUAAAAUUUCCAAUCAUUUGAAAUCCAUACUGCGAAUUAUAUUUUUUUCUGUAUUUUCGAGAAAAUACGGUAUUUUGUGAAAGUUUGAGUAUUUCAUUAAAAAAAUCUCUAAAAUAGUUGAAAUAUUUUAGAGAUUUUACAUUCAAAAUUUCGAAUCGUUUGAAAUCAUUAUUGCGAAUUAUAAAAUGUUUAGUAUUUUCGAGAAAAUACGAUAUUUUGUGAAAAUUUGAGUAUUUCAUUUAAAAAAAACUCUAAAACAGUGCAAAUGCAUGCAAAAUCUCAAAUCAUUUGAAAACUCGUAAUUCGAAUUAUAAAAAUUUGAGUAUUUUCGAGAAAAUACGGCAUUUUGUGAAAAUUUCAGUAUUACAUUUAAAAAAAACUCUAAAACAGUGAAAACGCAUGCAAAAUUUCGAAUCGUUUAUUACCCAUAUUGCGCAUUACUAAUGUUUUUUGUAUUUUCGAGUGAAUACGGUAUUUUGUAAAAAAUUUAUUAUUUCACAAAAAAAACUCUAAAACAGUUAAAUACAUGUAAAAUUUCGAUUUGUUUGAUACCCAUAUUGCGAAUUAUUUAAAUUUGAGUAUUUUCGAGAAAGUACGGUAUUUUGUGAAAGUUUGAGUAUUUUAUCAAAAAAAAACUUUAAAACAGUUCAAAUACAUUCAAAAUUUCGAAUCGUUUGAAAUCAUUAUUGCGAAUUAUAAAAUGUUUAGUAUUUUCGAGAAAAUACGGUAUUUUGUGAAAAUUUGAGUAUUUCAUUUAAAAAAACUCUAAAACAGUGAAAAUGAAUGCAAAAUCUCGAAUCGUUUGAUACCCAUAUUUCGAAUUAUAAAAAUUUGAGUAUUUUCGAGAAAAUAUGGUAUUUUCGAAAAUUUGAGUAUUUCAUUCAGAAUUAUCUAAAACAGUGCAAAUGCAUGUAAAAUUUCGAAUCGUUCGAAACCCAUAUUGCGAAUUAUAAAAAAAUGUGUUUUCGAGAAAGUACGGUAUUUUGUGAAAAUUUGAGUAUUUAAUUUAAAAAAAAACUCUAAAAUAGUUGAAAUACAUGCAAAAUUUCAAAUCGUUUGAUACCCAUAUUGCAAAUUAUAAAAAUUUGAGUACUUUAAAAAAUACUAUAUUUUGUGAUUUUUUUGAGUAUUUAUAUGUUGAAACUUACCGCAUUUUCAAAAAAAACCUUAAAGGAAGCUUGAAAAUUCAACAUAAUUUGGCUGGUUUUAGUAAAUUUUAGAAAAAUAUUAAAUAUAAGUUAUCGCUGAUAGAAUUAUCGAAAUAUCGAUAACGAUAAUUUUAUCGUUAAAGACCUUGAAAAAGAUGAUUACCAAUUCAUAGACGAUAAAUACCACAACUCUUAUCACGAAUAAGUAAAAUAUCUCAAGUUCUAGGUUGAAACCGAGAUCGGUUUUGAACAAAUCCCAAGCAAAACAAAACAAAACAUUACAGGUUUGUUAAAACCAAAGUUGUAAAAUAAAUAAAACCAAGUAGGAUAGAAAACUGUAUAAUUUUUAAACAAAGACUUCCAGAUAGUGCUCUCGUUUGGUCGUGACUUAUCUGCAUCGAUUACACAAAUACACACACACAUAACACACACACGCUCACAACACACAAUGACAUUUAAGAACAAAACCAAUUGAAUAAAAAAAUUAUUCGAAGUAGACUAGUGCAAAAACCAAUACAAAACAAUUUACGAACCUAAUAUCAAAUAUUGAAACUAUAAACUUUUGUUGAGAGUUUUUUCUAGUAAUUUUUGCUCGCUAUCACCUUGAAUGACUCUAGAGAUAGAACUCACCUAUAUCAAAGUAAAAUCGAAUUAAAGAGAAAAAAAAACUCAUUUUUGUAGAUGUUCUGAAGCGAAAUUAUCAACCCUGAAUCUGAAGCAAAACUUUAAACUGAAAUUGGCAAACCAAUUGUGAUUUGAUACUCGUUUUUUCGUAAGGUAACCAAACAAAAUAAAAAACAAACGUUUGAUAUAGUUCCACGCAAAAUUGUACUUGUGUGUGUGCGUUUUUGAUAGUUUGACAUUUGUAGAAAGUAACUCUUAAUAAAAAAUUCUAAAAGUAAUAUCGUUCGACGACAAACAUAACAAUAAAUAAGAAAAAAAACAAUUGUUUUUAAUUCGUUCUUUGUGAAAAUUUCACAGCAAAAAAAAAAUAAUAAAAACAAACUAUCUUGAAGCCUGAAUAAAAAAAAAUGAAACAAUUUCACUCAGCAAAAAGGUCAAUUCUUACACGAAAAAAAAAACUAACGUGUGUUACAAACAACAUGGUUUAUAUUUUAACGCAAGAAAUCUCAAUCCAAUUAGAACCAAAUACCAUUAAAAAGUUGCACUCAAGUUCUGGUUAGAACUUAUUCUUGUUAGAAAAAAAAACAAACAAACUAAUCUAUCACACAGUCAAUAAGUCGAAUAUGAGUUCUGUUCAUUUUGCAUCGUUCCGAAUCCGGUCAGAAUUCAGAAUCUUACAAACAAGAGAAAAAAGUCACAUUCAAAAAAUCGAAAGUCCGAGAAAUAAAAGCAGAUUCCUAGACACGAUUCUAAAAGAGUAACACUUUACACAUUUUUAACGACACCCCUGUCGGCGUAAAACUAAACUAAACAUUUCGGCAAAAACACAAAAAACAACACAAUGAAAGAGCAAUGUCGGUUUUGAACCAGAGCAAACAGUUGAAAGUGAGUGAUUAUGUUUCCAAAAUAGCAAGAAUCGAAACAAAAACAAAAAAACACGGUGCAAAAACAAAAUCGUAAGCAAAUACACAAGAACAACCAGCAUAUGAAACAAUAUGAUUAUUACUAUGAUUAUAUCAGCCAUAAUAGGAUGACUAUUCUGUUUAUGACACAACAAAAAAAAACAAAACAAAAGUGAACUGCAUUCAACCAAUUAAGCGAGACAAGUGAACAAAGUAAUAAACAUUUAUUAAUACUGAUUUCA